AUGAAUGCGAGCUUUAGUGAGUAUACAACUGAGACUAUUGAAAGACACAAAUGGUGGCAUCAUCGUCGAGUUAAAAUUAUCUUCAUCACGUUGAUCAUUGUAGCGAUUUUUGCAGUUAUCCUCUUUCUACUAUUAAAAUUUGUUAUUCUUGUUCCAACAAAGGCAGAAAACACCACUGUAUCACCCUCAUUACCAACGGUAAUAAGUACACUAACAACAACCACAUCGACACUACCACAAACAACAACAACAACGACCACAUCGACACUACCACAGACAACAUCAACGACAACCCAGAAGCCAGAAGUUAUCUGUCAAUCACCGUUUGGUCCAAGUAACAUUUUAUACACUGACGGUAGUCCAAAAUUUGUGGCAGCGUGGGAUUUCGACAAUAAUGGCAAACCGGAUCUAAUAGUGAUCAACGCUGAUCAGACCAGUAUCAAUGUACUUCUUAGCAACGAAGAUGGAAGUUUUCAAAAUCAAAUGACGUAUACAGUUGGAUCGGAUCCAUCCGAUGCUACAGUAGGUGAUCUCAACAAUGAUAGGAAAUUGGAUCUAGUAGUGCUCAAUUCUAAGGACAAUAGCAUCAGCGUACUGCUUAAUAACGGAGACGGAAAAUUUCAAGAUCAAAUGACUCAUACAGUUGGCCGUUUUCCAGAAUCUAUUGCUCUAGGUGAUUUCAAUAAUGAUAAUAAGCUAGAUCUGGUAGUGACCCAUUCUUUUGAAAACACCAUACUCGUGCUGUUUGGUAAUGGUGAUGGAACUUUUUCGAAUGAGACUACUUAUAAAAUUGAUUCCCGUUCGAUGUUUGUUGCUAUUGGUGAUUUUAAUAAUGAUGGUAAACUAGACCUAGCAAUGGACAACUAUGAUACUGGUAGAAUCACCGUAGUGCUGGGAAAUGGGAAUGGAACUUUCCAGGCUCCAGUUACGUAUAUAGUUGGCUCUCGUCCAACAUCGUUCGAAGUAGCUGAUUUCAACAAUGAUAGUAAGCUGGAUUUAGCAGUGGUCGACCAACAGGACAACACUAUAAGCGUGCUACUUGGUAACGGAGACGGGACGUUCCGAAAUCAUACAACAUAUUCCACUGGUGCCAGUCCAACAUUUAUUAUAGUUGGAGAUUUCAAUAAUGAUAGUAAGCUAGAUCUAAUAGUGACCAACUAUGAUAGUACAAGCAUAAGCAUAUUUCUUGCUAAUGGGAAUGGAACUUUUCAAAAUCAAAUUACGUAUCAUCUUGGGUUCAGGCCUUUUUCAAUCACGACUGCCGAUUUCAAUAAUGACAACAGACUCGAUUUAGCUGUGGCCAGCAAAGACGGCAGCGUUAUCAACCUGAUAUUUGCCAAUGGACAUGAUACGCUUUGGAAUCAAAUUAACUAUGCAGUUGGCUCUUUCCCACUCUAUUUAGUCGUCGGUGAUUUUAACAAUAACACUAAAUUGGAUCUAGCAGUGACAGAUGCACAGAGUAACGCCAUCAGCGUAUUACUUGCCGAUGGACAUAGAACGUUUCAAAAAGAAACAACAUAUUCGACUGGCACCCGUCCAACGUCAAUCAUAGUCAAUGAUUUCAACAAUGAUAGUAAAUUGGAUCUAGUAGUGGCCAACGGCGGUGACAAUAGCAUAGGCAUAUUUCUCGGGAACGGCAAUGGAACUUUCGAACAUGAAAUUACGUAUGCAGCUGGCACUAGUCCAUUAUCAGUCCGAACCGCCGAUUUCAAUAAUGAUAGUAAACUAGAUCUAGUAGUGACUAACGAUGAAGAAAACGCCAUAAGCAUGCUUUUUGGGAACGGCAACGGGACUUUUAAAAAUCAAAUUAAGUAUAUACUUGGUUCUCAUGCAUAUGGUUCCACAGUAGCCGAUCUCAACAAUGAUAGGAAACCGGACCUGGUAGUGGGCAACUUUUUUGAUGGCACCAUAAGCGUUUUGCUUGGAAAGGGGGAUGGGUCUUUUGGAAAUCAAACUACGUAUACAGUCGGCGCCCUGCCACUUAUUAUUGUAUCAGCUGAUCUCAAUAAUGAUAGCAAACUAGAUCUAAUAGUGAGCAACUCUGAUGAUAACACCAUAAGCAUACUGCAUGGUAAUGGAAACGGAACUUUUCAAAACCAAAUUACGCAUACAGUCGGUUCUCAUCCCUACGGUAUAGCAGUCGCCGAUUUCAACAAUGAUGGUAAGCUGGAUUUAGCGGUCGUCAACGCACGUGACAACACUAUUACCGUGAUGCUUAAUGACGAAGAUGAAACUUUUCAAAAUCAAAUCACGUAUAUGGCUGGUUCCGGUCCAUCCAAUAUCGUAGCAGCUGAUAUCGACAACGAUACGAAACCAGAUUUAGUAGUGGUGAACAGCGGAGAGCAAAGCGUCACUAUUAUUUGGAAUCUAUGUCCGUAG